GGUCUGCGUCGGCGCAGUGUCCGCACGACCGUCGACUCCUGCGCAGCACGCGCUCGACCCUCUCCGCUCUCCGUUGAGCAAGAUUCGCGGUACUCGUCGCAUCGGAAAAUAAAAUAAUCGAAAGAACUUUAUUCAAAAAAAAUACGCAGUGAUAUUUGUAGUGGUUAUUUGAAGAACUGGUAAAUAUUUCUACAGGAUAUAUAACACUAAAAUAAGGUACAUUGCAGCAUGGUAAAAGUGGAGUAAUAGUAGUGUCGUACGUUAGAGGGUUAAGUGUUUCACAAUGUGCGUCAAAACUAUCGAAGUCAGAACGAUGUUCGUCGCGACCAUUUUAGUGUUAGUGAGUGUUGUGAGUGCUAAUGUGAACUCUACGAGUGAGCUGGGAGGGUCCCGCAUGGCAUGGAUGAAGUCCUUGCUGGACCACCACAGCUGGACUGACUACCUCACCAACGGCAACAUGACCCUGCCAGAGAAGUGCGAGAGUGAUCUCAAAGUCUACUUAUCAGCUCUCAACGAAGGAAAGCUGUGGGCUUCGAAAAUAUUCGACGCAUCAGGCCAGUACACUCCAAACGUGUUAUUCGGCAACGAGUACUGGCUGGGCUCACAGAACGCCUGCCGCGACCUGCAGCUGACACAGUACUAUGCGCAGACGCCGCCCUUCCCCACCACUUUCUACGUCGCUAAGAUCAACCUCACUAUCGACAAUGAUCAUUUGCCACAGAGUCGACUGAUGCUAGUAGGAGAGUGCGUGCCAGCGUCCUGCGACAUCAGCGCCCUCACGACCAUACUGGGCGCCGCGGAACGAGCGGCCGCUGCGCAGGCGACGGACUCCGGCCUCCUUGCAUCCUUCUCCACUGUCAAAGUGCGACCUGUGCCUGGAGACUAUGACUUAUUUGCUGAUCCUAAACUGCAGAUACUUGGAUCAGUGUUGACCAUCGUACUGAUCCUGAUGCUGUUCGCCUCCCUAUUCGAGGGCUACCUGGAGCGCAAGUACCGGCUGGCCAGGGAGAUCAGGGACCUGGAACUGGCCCACGACGGCAACGCCAACCAUAAGCAACCUGCCAAUAACAAUGUGGCUGAUGGGAAGCCGGUGGCCACGGACAAUGGGGAUCGAGACCUUCGAAGGGAAACCUGCGGACUAUGGGCGGAGGUGCUGUUGUCUUUCUCCAUCUUGUCGAACGGGCGCACGAUCCUCAGCACGGACCCUCCCAACGACGGAGCCCUCACAUGUCUUCACGGAAUGAGGUUCAUGUCGGUGAUCUGGGUGAUAAUGGUGCACACGUACCUGACGAUAUUCUACGUGGCUGAUAACAAGACCAUGCGUGUGAUCACCGAGCGCAACUUCUGGUACCAGUCCGUUGGGAACGCGUCCUACUGUGUCGACACCUUCUUUGUUAUCAGCGGUAUACUCGUCACAAUUUUAUUCUUACGGACAGAAGAUAAAAAGUCUGCGAAGGCUGACCAGCAAGAUAAACAGGACAUCAACAAGAAUCUCAACGGCUUCAGUAACUCCGCACUUUCCAUCUCCGUGAUAAGCCAACAGUCUUUUAAGGAGGAUUUAUUAGACAAACCUAAAACCAGCGCUUAUUCUGUGGCAGAGUUCGUGACCAUGGUCAAGUCCUUCUUUAUUUUAUUAUCCUAUAGAAUAGUGAGGCUCACGCCAGCCUACGGCUUUGUGAUCGGUCUCAAUGAGAUCGCUCUGAGAUAUACACACGACAGAUCAGUAUUCGAGCCCGCCAUAUUUGACCACAUCACGUGUGACAAGUUCUGGUGGCGCAACUUACUGUACAUCAACAACCUCUACCCACAACGAGAGAUGUGCAUGGUCUGGUCCUGGUACAUGGCCAACGACACGCAGUUCUACGUCGUCGGGAUUAUACUUCUACUUAUUUCUGUCAAGCACCCGAAGUUCGCGAUGGUAUCUCUCGGGUUGUUGAUGGUGAGUUCAUGGGCGACCACCAUCUACAUCUCAGUGUGGCAUCAAUACAAGGCGCGGAUACAGGAGCCUUUCGAAAUGUUUGACCCGCUGUACGACAAGCCGUGGUCGAGGAUUGGACCUUACUUAGUCGGAAUGAUAGUAGGAUGGUACUUGCACAAGACUAAGUGCCAACUUAAGCUGCCGUACUGGGUGGUGGCGGUGGGCUGGCCGGUGGCGCUGGCCAUCAUCGGCAGCCUCAUCUUCAGCAUGGUGGACGGCUACUUCGAAGUCUGGCCCACUGCCUUCUAUAUUAGCAUUGGACAUACUGCUUGGGGAGUAGCAGUAGCAUGGGUGGCGAUAUCAUGCUGCAGUGGAUACGGAGGGCUGGUGAACUCCGCCCUCUCAUACCGAGGACUGCUCCCUCUCAGCAGGCUGACAUACUGUGCCUACCUGGUGCACCCCACCAUCAUGAUGUACACCUCAUUCCUGCUCGACGGACCUUAUCAUAUGCAGAAUUCUACUGUGCUCGCAAUCUACGCCGGAUACGCAGUGAUGGCGUUCUUGGCUUCAUUCGCCAUAUCACUAGCAUUUGAAGCGCCAGCCGUAAGACUUCUGAAGAUCAUCAGCGGAGCGCCCCGAAGCAAGAAGAGCGUAAGGGCGUGAACACAUACAAGAAACUCCGCGGCCGUAGCAAUAACACGCGCAAAAUACACGCGUUCAUUACUUACGUCAUUCUGUUCAACGCGCACAUUGUAAAUAAAUAUAUCCCUGAAGGUACCUUGCCAAUGUUUCUUACUGUAAACGUAAGUUCGAAAAUCCGAUAUCCUGUUUAUUUACAGAUUUAAUUUCCUGUCUCUGUUAUGUUGUGACAAAACAUUCCAUAUGAAGUGCGCCGUAUCGAAGCUUUAUUUAGGUCGUAAUUUUAAAACCCCGAAUCGUUAGGAUUUAAUAGUUACCAUAAAGACUUUUAUAGUUACCAAUUGUGAGUUCAUAUCGACGGUUAAAAGGAAAUAGGGUAUAAGCGACAUUUUGGUCAAAAAUGAGUUUAUUAUGCUACCUUACGUAAAAUUUUCCGCUCUUUCGAAAGCGCUUACUCUCAUGGCUCUACGAUGACAUUUUUGGCGUUUAUACAAUAGCAAAAAAAACAUUUUCCUAGUAUUCUUUCGAAGACCGACGAGUUUAAACGGCUCUCCUGAACAUUUCAUUUUUUGUCGCUUAUACCCCUAUUUCCUUUUAACCGUCGAUAUUGUUUUAUCUGACGGUUUUGGACGGGGCGGUCGUAGCCGAGUCACUUUUUGUAGUAGCACCAAAGGGUAAUACUGCUUUAUCUAUUCGGAUGGUACAUUGUCACAAGUGCGAGUCAUCACGAACUCGCCGACCCAGUUGUAAACUUUAAGCACGUCCUUAAUGUGGAGCCUAGAGAUUUUGGCAACCGAUUUUAGGUGCAGCAGAUUUUGCAAUUUUGGUUGUGUGUAUGUGAAUAAAAUUUUGUUGUUCUUAAAUAAUAUAUUAACAUCUUUCGCGUGGAUAGUUUUCAUUAGGACAGAAUUGCCAUUUUUUUACGGGCGAAAGUCCCAUAACUUCUCCCGCCCGCGAGAAGCAUUGACAGACUCCUACUGCCUAAAAACCACCCCGUUUCUUCUCCUGCUUUGAGGCGGAGUCCUGGUAACCUUUUACGUUAUCCGCAGCCUCUGGAGGACAGAAGUGCCUUGAUGUCCGAAAAUAUAACCCAUUAAAUAGUAAAGGAAACAAUACGAAUAAACAAUUGCAUAUCGCCAUCCUUCAACAAAAUAAAAUAAAGCAUAUUAUCCUCUCUCACGUUGGCAUAAAUCAAUAAAAUGAUUUCUCCAAUUGUCGAAUACUCCGUGUCGCUUCGGAAUAUGAUAAUUUAUUAUGAUUACACUCCAUAGCCGUGCCUACAUGCAAUGAAUCAAUCAUGGUAGCUCACCGCGCGUUAUCUCGCUUGCCGCAUACAUAAAUCCUCUUUGUAUAAUAACUAGGUUCUUGUUAGAGACUCCAAAGCAUAUUGUGUGUCCCCACUGAUCCCGUUUUUGUUGCUAAAAGCGAGACAGAUGUUAGUUGGUAAAUACCUAUGCUUUUGUCUUAUGAACUUGUGUAAGUGCUAGAAAAACUGUAGUUGAAUUAUACGGGAUUGUGUUUUUGCUCAUUAUUAUAGCGAGGGAGAGAUUUGUUAAAUUGUCUUCUUGUUUUUACAUUCAAUUUAUGUAGGUGUUUUGUGUGUGUGUAUGAUAAACAUCUGCACUCUAUGACUUUACUAGCUUCUACCAGCGGCUUUGCCCGCUUUCCCGUGGGAUAAAAAGUAUCCUAUCACCCAAGUCAAAC